CGGAAAUGGGAUCUACCUUCAGGGUCCCCACCUGCUGGGCACCAUAAUGGUGCUCUCUGCCCCAGCUGAGCCCCUCGCUGCCCUCUGAAGGAGCAGGAUGACAAGAUGGCACAGCUGCUUGUACCGCCCGGACCUGACAGCUUCCGCCCCUUCGUCCCCGAGUCACUGGCCGCCAUCGAGAGGCGCAUUGUCGAGGAGGAGGCCCGGAGACCGCGGGCGGAGCGCCGCAGCGACAGCGAUGACGAGAAUGGGCCCAAGCCCAACAGUGACCUGGAGGCGGGGAAGUCCCUCCCCUUCAUCUAUGGGGACAUCCCUCCUCACCUGGUGUCCACCCCUCUGGAGGACCUGGACCCCUUCUACAGCAAUCAGAAGACCUUCAUAGUAUUGAAUCGCGGGAAGGCAAUCUUCCGUUUCAACGCCACUCCUGCCUUGUACAUUUUAAGCCCCUUCAACCCUCUAAGGAGGAUAUCUAUUAGAGUUUUAGUACACUCGAUGUUCAGCAUGUUGAUCAUGUUCACCAUCCUGACCAACUGUGCUUUCAUGACCCUCAGUAAUCCCCCUGAAUGGGCCAAGAAUGUAGAGUACACAUUCACAGGGAUUUACACCUUCGAGUCCCUUAUAAAGAUCCUGGCUAGGGGCUUCUGCGUGGGGAAGUUCACUUUCCUCCGAGACCCAUGGAACUGGCUGGAUUUCAGUGUUAUCCUCAUGGCAUAUGUCACAGAGUUUGUGGACCUGGGCAAUGUCUCAGCACUGCGAACCUUCAGGGUUCUACGAGCCCUGAAAACUAUAUCAGUCAUCCCAGGCCUGAAGACCAUCGUUGGUGCACUGAUCCAGUCGGUAAAGAAGCUGUCAGACGUUAUGAUCCUCACCGUGUUCUGCCUCAGCGUCUUUGCCCUCAUCGGCUUGCAGCUCUUCAUGGGCAACCUGAGGCAGAAGUGCGUGCGGAUCCCGGUGCCCAGCAAUGGCACCAGCACCACCAGCGCCACAUCCGACGACAUGCUAUUGCUCAACAGCACCAUGAUGGACGUCAACAACACCUUGGUGCAGAACGCCACAGAGAACUACUUCAACUGGACGGAGUACAUCAGCGAUGAGAAUAAUUACUAUUACCUCCCUAACCGCAGGGAUGCUCUGCUCUGUGGGAACGGCAGUGGUGCUGGGCUGUGUCCGGAGGGUUUCUGGUGUAUCAAAGCAGGCCGUAACCCAGACUACGGCUACACCAGCUUUGAUACCUUCAGCUGGGCCUUCCUGUCGCUGUUCAGACUCAUGACCCAGGACUUCUGGGAGAACCUCUACCAGCAGACAUUGCGUGCAGCGGGGAAGCCCUACAUGAUCUUCUUUGUGCUGGUGAUCUUCCUGGGCUCCUUCUACUUGGUCAACCUGAUCUUGGCUGUGGUGGCCAUGGCCUACGACGAGCAGAACCAGGCCACCAUCGAGGAGGCGCAGCAGAAAGAGGAGGAGUUCCAGGCCAUGCUGGAGCAGCUCAAGAGACAGCAGGAGGAGGCACAGGUUGCCGCGGCAGCAGCCACAGAGAGCGGAGAAUACAGCGGGAGAGGGGGCCCCACCUCAGAGUCCUCCUCAGGGACGUCUAAGCUCAGCUCCAAAAGUGCCAAGGAGCGACGCAACCGGAGGAAGAAGAGGAAGCAGAGGGAGGAGGAGGAGGAGAGAGGGGGGCGUGACAAGUUCCACAAGUCUGAGUCCGAGGACAGCAUCAAGAGAUCCAGCUUCCGCUUCUCCAUUGAUGCCAAUCGGCUUUCCUAUGAGAAGAGAUGCUCCUCACCCAACCAGUCUCUCCUCAGUAUCCGGGGUUCCCUCUUUUCACCACGGAGGAACAGCCGUGCCAGCCUGUUCAGCUUCCGUGGCCGGGCGCGCGAUGUGGGCUCCGAGAACGACUUCGCCGACGACGAGCACAGCACCUUCGAGGAGAGCGACAGCCGCCGUGGCUCCCUGUUCGUACCGCGCCGUCUCGAGCGCCGCUGCAGCGCUGUGAGCCAGACCAGCCUUGGAGCCCCCCGAAUCAUCCUGCCCGCCAACGGCAAGAUGCACUGUGCUGUGGACUGCAAUGGCGUGGUGUCGCUUGUCGGUGGAACCUCCGUACCAACCUCCCCUGUAGGUCUCCUGCUGCCUGAGGGGACGACUACAGAUACUGAUCUGAAGAAACGGCGUUCAGGUUCCCACCAGCCAUCUAUGGAUUAUUUAGAUGAACCAGGGGCCAGGCAAAGAGCCAUGAGUGUAGCCAGUAUCCUCACCAACACCAUGGAAGAACUUGAGGAGUCGAGACAGAAGUGUCCGCCGUGCUGGUAUAAAUUUGCCAACACUUACCUGAUCUGGGACUGCUGUCCAGCAUGGCUGAAGAUCAAGGAGAUUGUUAACAUGGUGGUAAUGGAUCCAUUUGUGGAUCUGGCCAUCACUAUUUGCAUCGUCCUCAACACGCUUUUCAUGGCCAUGGAGCACUACCCCAUGACUACAGAAUUUGAUAAUGUCCUUUCAGUCGGAAAUCUGGUGUUCACUGGCAUCUUCACAGCAGAAAUGUGCUUCAAAAUCAUUGCCCUGGAUCCCUACUACUACUUCCAGGAGGGCUGGAACAUCUUUGAUGGCAUUAUAGUCAGUCUGAGUCUGAUGGAGCUUGGCUUGGCCAACGUAGAGGGCCUGUCUGUGCUUAGGUCCUUCAGAUUGCUGAGGGUUUUCAAACUGGCUAAAUCAUGGCCCACUUUGAACAUGCUGAUCAAGAUCAUCGGUAACUCAGUGGGUGCUCUUGGGAACUUGACUCUCGUGCUGGCCAUCAUCGUCUUCAUCUUUGCUGUGGUGGGCAUGCAGCUGUUUGGCAAGAGCUACAAGGAGUGUGUGUGCAAGAUUGCAGAAGAUUGCCAGUUGCCACGCUGGCACAUGCAUGACUUCUUCCACUCCUUCCUCAUUGUGUUCCGGGUGCUCUGUGGAGAAUGGAUUGAGACCAUGUGGGACUGUAUGGAGGUGGCAGGACAGAGCAUGUGCCUCAUCGUCUUCAUGAUGGUCAUGGUCAUUGGAAACCUUGUGGUUCUGAACCUGUUCCUGGCUCUCCUUUUGAGCUCAUUUAGCGCUGACAACCUGGCCGCGACUGACGAUGACAGUGAGAUGAACAAUCUGCAGAUUGCUGUGGGCCGAAUCCAACGGGGCAUUGCUUUUGUCAAGUCUACCGUGCGUCAGUUCCUCCAGAGACUCUGCUUUGAGAGCAAGCCCUUAGAUGAACUUCACAGCAAUGGCAAGGGCAACUGCAUCUCCAACCACACCUUGGUUGAGAUCACCAAAGACCCCAGUGGGCUGUACCUGAAGGAGGGCAAUGGGCGGCCAGGAGGAGGGCUGGUGGUUGGGGUAGGGGUUGGUGGGGAAAGCACAGAAAAAUACCCCAUGGAGGAAUGUGACUACAUGUCAUUCAUUCAUAACCCCAGCCUGACAGUAACAGUGCCCAUUGCUGUGGGCGAGUCGGACUUUGAGAACCCUAACACAGAGGAUUUCAGCAGUGACUCGUCAGAUGUGGAAGGCAGCAAGGAGAAGCUAGAUGUAGAGCCCCAGCCCCUCAGUUCUUCGGAGGGGAGCACUGUCGAUAUUCGGCCCCCAGGAGAUGGGGGCGAAUCAGUGGAGCUGGAGCCUGAGGAGUCACUGGACCCAGAGGCCUGUUUCACUGAGGGCUGUGUGCGCAGGUUCCAGUGCUGCCAGGUCAAUGUGGAGGAGGGCAGGUGGAAGAGCUGGUGGACGCUCAGGAAAACCUGCUUUAUCAUAGUGGAACACAACUGGUUUGAGUCCUUCAUCAUAUUCAUGAUCCUGCUCAGCAGUGGAGCUCUGGCAUUUGAGGACAUUUACAUAGAGCAGAGGAGGACCGUCAAAACAGUGCUGGAGUAUGCAGACAAGGUCUUCACUUAUGUCUUCAUCCUGGAGAUGCUGCUGAAGUGGGUCGCCUACGGCUUCGUCAAGUAUUUCACCAACGCCUGGUGCUGGCUUGACUUUCUCAUCGUAGAUGUGUCCUUGGUCAGCCUAGUAGCCAAUGCUCUUGGCUACUCUGAGCUGAGCGCCAUUAAAUCUCUGAGGACACUGCGAGCUCUCCGGCCCCUGAGGGCCCUGUCACGGUUUGAGGGCAUGAGGGUUGUGGUGAACGCGCUGCUCGGGGCCAUCCCCUCCAUCAUGAACGUGCUGCUGGUCUGCCUCAUCUUUUGGCUCAUCUUCAGCAUUAUGGGCGUCAACCUGUUCGCAGGGAAGUACUAUCACUGCGUCAACACCACCACGGACGAAAUAUUCCCCAUUGACGUUGUUAACAACAGGAGUGACUGCAUGGCCUUGGUCAACGACAGCGCCCGCUGGAAGAAUGUCAAGAUCAACUUUGACAACGUCGGCGCCGGCUACCUGGCUCUGUUGCAAGUGGCAACGUUUAAGGGUUGGAUGGACAUCAUGUAUGCAGCUGUGGACUCUCGCAAUGUGGAGGACCAGCCUGAGUAUGAGGUGAACCUGUACAUGUACCUCUACUUUGUCAUCUUCAUCAUCUUUGGCUCCUUCUUCACCCUCAACCUCUUCAUUGGUGUCAUCAUCGACAACUUCAAUCAGCAGAAGAAAAAGUUUGGAGGUCAGGAUAUCUUCAUGACCGAAGAACAGAAGAAAUACUACAAUGCCAUGAAGAAGCUGGGCUCCAAAAAACCACAGAAACCUAUACCCCGGCCAACAAAUGCAUUCCAAGGCUGUGUGUUUGACUGCAUCACGAAGCAGGCCUUUGACAUCGUCAUCAUGAUCCUCAUCUGCCUUAAUAUGGUGACCAUGAUGGUGGAGACGGACGACCAGACGGAGGACAUGGACACCAUCUUGUACUGGAUCAACCUGGUUUUCAUCGUGCUCUUCACCGGGGAGUGUGUGCUCAAGAUGAUCUCCCUCCGUCACUAUUACUUCACCAUUGGAUGGAAUGUAUUUGACUUUGUUGUGGUGAUCCUGUCGAUUGUAGGUAUGUUUCUAUCUGAAGUCAUCGAGAAGUACUUUGUAUCCCCAACAUUGUUCCGAGUGAUCCGCCUGGCCAGGAUAGGCCGCAUCCUUCGCCUUAUUAAGGGCGCCAAAGGCAUCCGGACGCUUCUCUUUGCCUUGAUGAUGUCACUUCCUGCACUGUUCAACAUUGGCCUCCUGCUCUUCCUGGUUAUGUUCAUCUACGCCAUCUUCGGCAUGUCCAACUUUGCCUAUGUCAAGCGGGAGUCAGGAAUCGAUGACAUGUUCAACUUCGAGACCUUUGGGAACAGCAUGAUCUGUUUGUUUCAGAUCACCACGUCGGCUGGUUGGGAUGGCUUGCUGGCACCCAUACUGAACAAGAGGGAACCUGACUGUGAUAGCCAGAUGGAGCACCCAGGCAACUCCUACAAGGGUAACUGUGGUAACCCAUCAGUGGGCAUCUUCUUCUUUGUCAGUUACAUAAUAAUCUGCUUCCUCAUUGUAGUCAACAUGUACAUUGCUGUUAUCCUCGAGAACUUCAGUGUGGCCACAGAGGAGAGUGCAGAACCGUUGAGCGAGGAUGACUUUGAGAUGUUCUAUGAGGUUUGGGAGCGCUUUGACCCCGAUGCCACGCAGUUCAUGGAGUACAACAAGCUCUCUGACUUCGCGGAUGCUCUUGAUCCGCCACUGCGCAUGCCCAAGCCUAACAAGAUCCAGCUCAUCUCCAUGGACCUGCCGAUGGUCAGUGGCGAGCGCAUCCACUGUCUGGACAUCUUGUUUGCCUUCACCAAGCGAGUGCUGGGCGAGGGCGGUGAGAUGGACGUGUUGCGCGGACAAAUGGAAGAGCGCUUCAUGGCUUCCAAUCCCUCUAAGGUGUCUUACGAGCCCAUCACCACCACACUUCGCCGCAAACAGGAGGACAUGUCAGCCAUGGUCAUCCAGAGAGCCUUCCGCCGCUACAUGAUUCGAGUCGCCAUGAAAAAGGCCUCAACCCUCUACAAGGAGCAGCUGAGGGACGGCAUCCGUGACCCGGACAAAGACAAGGAGGUGCUGGUCAUCAGCAAGUUCAACGAGAACUCCACCUCGGACAAAACAGACAUGACCCCCUCCACAGCCUCCCCACCCUCCUACAAUAGUGUGACAAAAUCAGAUAAGGACAAAUAUGAGAAGGAAAAUAGGGAAAAAGAGAACAAAGGGAAAGACUUGAAGGAGAGAAAAAAGUAGACUUAUUAAAAAGGAACAAAUAAAAAAAAUGCAUCAGACAUUAUUGACGAGGGAAAUUUGUUUACAGCUUCUGAGGGGUAGAUAUAUGUACGCUUGUGUGUUGGUUGUUAAGAGUUGAAACAUGCUAUGCCAGAGACUGUCCAGGUAAGCCUAAAGUGAGUGCAGUUUGGAUUUAUGAUACAUAUGAAUAUAUAGGACCUUUAUGAGGGGUCCUUUGGACAUAAGACAAGGGGUGGGUGACAAGCUUCAUAUCCAGCAGACACUACAGAGUGAGUGGAACUAUGGCAACAUGGAAAAGCCUCUCUGCAAAACGCUUGUGAUUUUCCUAUUGGUUGUUGUUACUAUCUGACACACUUGAGUGUACUGUUAAGUUGUCUGUAGCUAGUGCUGCUGCUACUACUAUAAAUCCAGUGUCUUGAAUUUAACAAUCGCUGUAUCACUUAACAAGUACUCUGCAUUUUUUUUUUUUUUUUUUUUU